AAAAGUACUCCACAGUCCACAGAGCAGCAAAAAUGGCAGCAGCUGAAAUGGAGAGAACGACGUCGUUUGAUGCAGCUGACAAGUUGAAGGCCGCCGAUGCAGGAGGAGGAGAGGUAGACGAUGAACUUGAAGAAGGUGAAAUUGUUGAAGAAUCAAAUGAUACGGCGUCGUAUUUAGGGAAAGAAAUCACAGUGAAGCAUCCAUUGGAGCAUUCAUGGACUUUUUGGUUUGAUAGCCCUAUUGCUAAAUCUCGACAAACUGCUUGGGGAAGCUCACUUCGAAAUGUCUACACUUUCUCCACUGUUGAAGAUUUUUGGGGUGCUUACAAUAAUAUCCAUCACCCAAGCAAGUUGGUUAUGGGAGCAGACUUUCAUUGUUUUAAGCAUAAAAUUGAGCCAAAGUGGGAAGAUCCUGUAUGUGCCAAUGGAGGGACGUGGAAAAUGAGUUUUUCGAAGGGUAAAUCUGAUACCAGCUGGCUAUAUACGCUGCUGGCAAUGAUUGGACAUCAAUUCGAUCACGGAGAUGAAAUUUGUGGAGCAGUCGUUAGUGUCCGGGCUAAGGGAGAAAAAAUAGCUUUGUGGACCAAGAAUGCUGCAAAUGAAACAGCUCAGGUUAGCAUUGGUAAGCAAUGGAAGCAGUUUCUAGAUUACAGCGAUUCGGUUGGCUUCAUAUUUCAUGACGAUGCAAAGAGGCUCGACAGAAAUGCCAAGAAUCGUUACACAGUAUAGUUCUUGAUGCAAUGUGGGAUUUGCAAGAAACACAAUUCGUACUGGAAAGUUGGUAGGCACUGGUUUAGUUUCUCAUUUGAUAAGUUUCUGGUUUGAGUAACUCGUGUAUUGGUGUUUGCACUUUCUAAUCGCGGAAAAUUGUUUGGUUUGAA